AUGGCAAGAAGAAAUGUCCUCAUUACAGGCUGCUCCUCAGGAAUUGGACUGGCAUUAGCUGUAAAAAUGGCAAAAGAUGAACAGGAAAGAUUUAAAGUGUAUGCCACAAUGCGGAAUCUGGCCAAGAAAGAGCCCCUGGAGGAAGCUGCAGGUCACAGGCUGGGCAAAACCCUCGAAAUUAAACAACUGGAUGUCUGUGAUGAACAGUCUAUUAAAACUUGUGUGAAUAGCAUCCCUGACAGGAGGAUUGAUGUCCUAGUUAGCAACGCUGGAAUGGGGCUCAUUGGGCCUAUUGAAUGUCAGACCAUAGAUGAAAUGAAAACUGUGAUGGAUACCAACUUCUUCGGGCUGGUUCGACUCCUGAAGGAGAUUCUACCUGACAUGAAGAGGAGAAGGAGUGGCCAUAUAGUCAUAAUAAGCAGUGUUAUGGGAAUACAAGGUAUCUUAUUUAAUGAUGUUUAUGCAGCCUCUAAGUUUGCUGUGGAAGGAUUCUGUGAAAGCUUGGCUAUACAAGCACUCAAGUUCAAACUGCAGUUGAGUUUGAUUGAACCAGGCCCUGUGGUUACAGAGUUUGAAAGAAAAGUGUUUGAAGAUGGAAUGAAAAUGGAUCUUUCAGCUGCAGAUGAAGAAACAGCUGAGAUGUUUACUAAUAUUUAUCUGAAAAAUUACAAACAGAUUUUCCAGAGCCUGGGACAAAGUGCUGAAGAUGUUGCAGAGCAUACAGUAAAGGUAAUUCUUGCAGAAAAUCCACCUUUUCGCCACCAGACCAACACCUUGUACACUCCAAUGACAACUCUGAAGUAUGCAGAUCCCAAUGGAGAUCUACCCAUUGAUAUAUUCUACAAAAUGGUUUUUCAGCAUGACAAAAUCUUCAGUGCAAGUCUUAACUUCAUUAAACUGCUACGGUGGAGAAGUAGGAAGAGCUUUGACCUGGGAAAACCCUCACAAUAA